AGGGCCCAGACCGCUCUUCCCAGCGUGCAUUGCUCCGGACGAAGCAAGUCGGGCGCCAAGCGCGGGGCCCGAGCGGCCUUCCCGGAGUCCUUUGCGCGGCACCUGGCGACAAAAUGGCUGCCCGAGGGAGACGGGCGGAGCCUCCGGGCCGGGAGGCGCCAGGCCCCGCGGGCGGCGGCGGGAGCCGAUGGGCUGAGUCUGGGCCAGGAACGUCACCCGAGAGCGGGGACGAGGAGGUGUCGGGCGCUGGUUCGAGCCCGGUGUCGGGAGGCGUGAACUUGUUCGCCAACGACGGUAGCUUCCUGGAGCUGUUCAAGCGGAAGAUGGAGGAGGAGCAGCGGCAGCGACAGGAGGAGCCGCCCCCGGGCCCGCCGCGACCCGACCAGCCGGCUUCUGCCGCCGCGGGCCCAGGGGAUCCGAAGAGGAAGGGCGGCCCGGGCCCUACACUCAGCUUCGUGGGCAAACGCAGAGGCGGGAACAGACUAGCCCUCAAGACGGGAAUAGUAGCCAAGAAGCAGAAGACGGAGGAUGAGGUAUUGACAAGUAAAGGUGACGCAUGGGCCAAGUACAUGGCAGAAGUGAAAAAGUACAAAGCCCACCAGUGUGGUGAUGAUGAUAAAACUCGGCCCCUGGUGAAAUGACCCUUCCCCAAGUCCAUGCCCAUGCCCACGGCCUGGGACUCUGCGAUGUACAUAACUAUUUAAUGUGGCGACAGUGGCAGCCUCCCUGAGGACUGGUACACAGAAGGAAACCGAGGGGCUUCCCGCAGCCGGAUGAUUCUCCAGGACUCUUUUUUACCUUGAGCACUUGCCUCCUGAGACUUACUAGAACAGUGGUUUAUUGUCCCCUUUCUCCCCACCUCCUUGCUCUGUCUCGCUCUUCUGUCUUCCUCUUCUUGCCUUCCUUUCCCUCCCCUUAGCCAUCACUUCUGGGAAGUAAAGAACUUGACUUAGUG